GUUCAGCAGGCUCAGCGGCGGCUGUUGCAAAUUGUGAACAUGAGCAACAAUUUGUUGUGUCUAUCAACUUGUCUAUUUCUUCUGCUUUACUGUUAGUAAAAUGUGACCAUGAUGAAGUAACGGUAUUUUUGGUGUUAUAGGAGAAGAAGCGAGUGACAUGGAAGGCGACACUAAGCAGCGAAGUAAACGGUGCCGUCGUCGCGAGCAACUCGCGAGGCCACAGAGGCAGAACCCAGCAGUCGACCUGGACCGGGACUGCCCGGGGAGUCGGGAUGACUCUGGCAACCAGGGCCAGGAAAGCCCGAAGAGUAGGGACCAUUCACCUACGCCAGAGAAAACCGUUCGUAAGAAACAAAAUAAAGAACCAAUUUUUGAGGAGGACGUUAUAGACGGAUUUGCAAUUUUAAGUUUCAAGACUCUGGAGGAUUUAGAGAACACGGCGGUGAAUCUUGAAAAUGAAAAGAAGAAAGAACUGACAGAAAUUUCCAAACCCAGAAUAGACUGUGUUAAUGACAACAGCAAUGCAAAUAGUAACGAAUCAAGCAAUUAUUUAAACACGGACGCUAAGGUUCAUUGUUCAACUGACAAUGAAAACCAGCGAGUCAACCAAGAGAAAAACUUCGACCUCAUUACCCAACCCAAACAUGCUUCACUCGACAUAAAGGCCACCAGCGAUCUCAGUCCGAGGACCGGAUGUAUGGAUUCGGACGCAGCUUUGGUUUGUCUUACAUCGACGAGUGACAGAAGUGACUACAGAAUUAAUGGAAGCCUCAUAUCAUGCAACAAGCAAACAUUUAAUAAUCUACUGAAGCCUCUGCCUACUGUGAAUUCUAAUAUUUUACAGAAUGGAAAUCAGUUUGUAGAGAAAAAAAGUAGGAAGUCUUCAAUUGAUGAGGGCAACAAAAGUAGCCCAGACACUCAAAACAGCAAUAAUAAAGAAUGUUGUGAUAAAUCUGUGUAUGAUCAUCCAGCCUUUCUUCAAUGUGAAAGCAGUAUUGAACAAGAUAUUGCCGAUAUCAUAGAUCAAAUAACAAAGUCUCAGGCUGAACAAAAGUUUGAGAACAAAACUCAUUAUCCAGAAAUUUUAGAUCCAACUGUGUCAAUUCAGAAAGUGCAGAAUUGUGCACUAACAUCAUUACCAUCUAAAAUUAUACAAAACUGUGAUCAAAAACCUACUUCCUCUGAUGUGUCACACGCAUCGAUAAAGUAUAACUCUGUUAAAAAAUGUGAACAAAAACUUGGGACUUUCAAUAUAUUGCCACAAACAUUUUCUUCUCAUUCUGUGAAUUUUUUUAAAAAGGAAGAUAAUUUCCUUGACUCAUUAUAUCCAAAAGUAUCAUCUCAUUCUGAAAAACAUUGUGAACCAAAACAAAGUUCUCUUGAUACUUUUGAAUCAAGGAUACUUGUUCACCCUAUUGAGAAAAUAAAACAAAAACGCAUUGGUGUUGUAGACCCAACUGUACGAUCUCAAAGUAUAAGAAACGAUCAUCAAAAACCUAAUACUUUAAGUAUUGUUGACUCCUUAAAACAGCAUUAUUCUUUACAAAAAGGUGAGGAAAAACAUGCUUCUCUGAAACUUCUUAAUUCCAAAGAACCAUUUAAUUCCAUAAAAAAGUGUGAGAAAGAUCCAAUAAUUUUAUUUCCCACAGAACCUAAAUCCAGAAGUAAGUCAGAAUAUCUAGACAAACAUUUACUUGUGUGCACUACUGCAUCUGCAACUAUUACCUCGAUAAAAACUACCAACUCAGGUUCUUCAGUGCUCCAAAACCGUCACCCACAUCUGCCUCCUGUAGGUUGUGUGGCACCUAAUCCUCGAAGUUCAGCAUCUAUUCAACAACCUCUCAGGAACAGUAAUGGAUACCAUCUUACUUCUUUCAGUACUUCUAGUGUAAUUAAUGUAGACAACAACAGAUACAUUUCUAAUCACACCUUUGAAACAUCUUCUGGGUGUAAAGAACACUCACCUAUUAAUACUGUUACAAAACAACAACUCAGUAGAACUCACCCCUUGAAACACUCCUCAGUUGCUUCUCCUUUGGCCUCAUCACAACCACAUAAAAGGCCUUCUUCUACUUUGUCCACUUCCUGUCUUCCUACUACGUCAUUUGCAUCAACAUCAUCUGUAACUAAAACAAAUUUGGCAUCAUCACCACCUUCUUCUGUUGUUUCAAAUUGCUCUAGUUUACGUGUAGUCAGUGACGAGAGUCAUCCAUUGCCAGUGAAGGACUCAAGUCCUCCUAGAAGGACUACCCAAGAUCAUAGGUCAUUCUCCUCUGUUACCAGACAAGACUGCUUCAAUGGCCAACUUAUUAACACCUUGUCAAGUGUAAACCAGCUAAGCAAGUCUCUUCAUACCCAAGAGUUUAGAAAAGAAAAUCAGAGUAGUAUAAUUACCAGCACCAGUGACACUCUUAGCUCUAGGCAUUCUGUUCCAUGUUGUACUUAUACCACUGCAAGUUUGGGCAGUACUGGCCUGACUAACUUGUCUUUUUCCAAACCUCAUUUGUGGACAGGAGCCAGUUCGGUUCUUGGAAGUGUCAACGAGGCUCAUCUUGCAUCUGGGCUGCCAAGACCAACUCCUUCAGGACCUAGCUCUACUUCCUUGUCAGUCUGGAACUCCCAUCAUUCCUCUCUUUACAAUACACUUCCAGGAAUGUUUGCACCUGCUAUCCAUCCAGCAGUCUCCUUAUCAUCCACAAGUCUUUCGAUGGUAGCAACACCAGGACCAUCUCUUUUUAAUGCUGAAUCUCUCUUCUCUUCUCCAAGUCAAGACUUCUUACGCCGAGAGCUUGAUACCCGAUUUCUUGCUUCUCACGACAGAUCUAUCAACAUACCCCCUCCACCAUACAUGAGAUCAGAGUUUCACCAUCAUCAACAUCUACACAACCACAUGCAUCAACACAGUCCUUUUCUCCCACCUCCACUUAUACCUCAACCUGCUGCCCCACUCCUCAACAAGUAUGAUAAGUUUCCAAAGAUAGAUUCUUCAUUCUAUGAAAGAAGUUCACUUGGACUUUCUAGUCCUUAUCCAGGAUUUUCUCCACUGCUGAGAAGUGGUGCCACUCCAUUUGCUCCACCUUCUAAUGUAACUACCUUCCAACCUAAGAAAUCAGGCAGGUGGUGUGCCAUGCAUGUACGAAUUGCCUGGGAAAUCUACAACCACCAGCAACAUGGCUCUAGUGGUAAACUUCCUUCUGAUCUUUUACGACCUCCUACUCAUUUACUUCCUUCCUUGGCUCGACCACAUGAAUUCUCUCCAUUUGCUUCUUCACUACUGCCAACUUCUGUUUCCAGUCACAGUAGGUCACUGUAUGAAGGAUCACAUGCUAACAGUUUCCUUAGUCCAGUGCCACAUAUAGGUGUUUCACCUUUUGGUCGUCCUGGUUAUUCAGCAUUUGGGAGUGGACCUUCUAGCUCCUAUCCUGAACUUGGACCUCUAGGGCUUGGUGGUAGAGAGUUAGCUACUUCAAGUGUUUCUGGCUUAGCAGGACAGGAUCCAUGGAUCCAAAUUCAUAGAAACUCCCACACCUUUGGACCCAUAUCUGCAGGGACUAACCACAUUCCCUGGGGAGGUUUGAAGGCAGAAGCAGAAAGAGAACGAGAAAGAAUGCAACAGGAAGAAAGAGGACUGCAUCGAGAGCAAGAAAAAGAAAAACACAAGAAAGCAGAAGUGGAAAAAGAGCGAAAGGAAAAAGAAGCUAUGCAGAAGAGUAAAGAAUUGGAAAGAGAAAGAAAGGAUGAAGAUUGGCAGAGAGAAAGGGAUAGAGAAAAACGUGUCGUACACCAACUAAACAACAUGGGCAGUAGACAUGGAGAAUAUCGGGACAGAAGUAGGGAAAGAGAAAAUGACCAGUCAAGAGGGCUCAAAGAAGUAUCUCGAUCUCCAAUACGAAACAACAAUCAUAGAACAGAAAAUCAUUCUGUUCACUUGAAAAAUGAUAUGAAAGUUAAAGAAGAAAAACGUGAGGAUGGUAUAUUAAGUGCUAAUAGUGCUGGCUUGAUGAACUCCAUCAAUGUGGAGCAUGAACAAACUAAAUCAGUGGAAACUCCUCGAUCAGAAAAUUCAUCACAUGAUUAUUUGCUUGGUAGUGUGCCUCAUCAUCCCCAUUUGAAUGUUAUUAAUAGAACACGUACAACAGGACCUAGUAGUGAGUCAGUGUCAGGUUCCAGUUCAGAUCAUUUGCCAGCUUCUUUGGCAACAGCCAACACAACAGUAACUGUAACCAGCACUGCCUCAGUCACUACCCGAGAUCCAUACCAACCACUGGAAUAUUCCUCAGUUUCAGGUUGUGAGCGAGAACAACUCUUCCAUCAGUAUCCUUUAAAAUCUGUGAUGCCAUUUCCGCCCUAUGAUCGUUUUCGAGAAUCAGAACAUGCUCGUCAGCUCUCAACCUUGCGAAACCCAGAGAUUGCUUAUCACAUGGAAAGAGACCACCACAAUAAACUUCAUCCUGGUUUACUAAGACCUAAUGAAUCUCAGUUGCUCUAUGCUUCUCAUGGAUUUCCCCCUUUUGGCCCCCCUGGCAGCCUGUAUCCUUUACCAAGCAGCCCUUUUUUAGCUAAUAGUGUGGUAACCACCAGAAGUAAAACCAGUUCUCCACGGAACCCCACUAACCCCAUUCCCCCUCCUCCACUGAUUCCCUGCUCAAACACAGGGGUUGCCAUAGGAAAUAGUGGCAGUAGGGAUACAUCACCCAUUGUCCACUCAAAAGUGGCACCAAACUCUGCAGCUAUAAUGGAAAAUUCCCAUAAACUUUUCUAUGGAAAAGAUAAACGAGAACUUCAGAGUCAUCCUACAGAAUUAAACUCCCAAUCAAGAUAGCAGUGUAGAAAUAUUAAACAUUGUCAUACAGUGACUCAUGUACAAGUGUAUUUGAAUGAAUCUGUGCAUGUUAGCCAGAAUAAAAAUGAUAGUUUAUAAUUGUUAAAAAAUAGAUAUGUAUCUUUUGUGUUGGCUGCACAUGCUUCUGUUAUUUUCUGUGCACAUAUCAAAGUUGUCUCUCUUAGUUCCAAAUGUGCUGACCAUUUAACCCUCUAUAAUUAUUCAUUUUUCUUCUAUAGUGUCAUGUUUAUGUGCAAGAAAAAUUAUGUACAGCUUGUGACUAGCCCAUCCAUGAAACUUUGUACAUAGUUGUACCAUUAUUAACCAUCAGAUGGUUCCUUCACAUUUUGGUAUUUAUUGUUGGUAGAUAAUAACCAUACAUUAAUGAGAGCAUGGUUGCCCCAACAUCGCAAAGUUUGAUAUUAUCUUGUUGGUCUUGUUCCUUGUUGGUAAAGAUUAGAGCACCUACAUAUGUUGUGAUUGUGACAGUGAUCAUCCCAUUUGUAGUUUAAGCAACAAAAAAGUGUGUAAAACAAAUUAAAAAAUGUUUAAAGUUCAAUUCAUUGUAAAUCUGCUUUGGUAAUUUCCACCCUUACUAUAACCAGAACCAUAAUCACUUUGUGAAGUUAGCAAGGUUACGGGACAUAUCUAACUAAAAUUGUUUGUUUGGAAACAUUUUUUCUCAAAAGAAAUAGUCAAAAAAAGUAGUAUGAAAUAUCAAAAAUCUAUGUGUUAAAGUUAUUUAUAAAGAAACAGAUUUUAUAAAAAAAUAUCCUGAUCAUUGAUUCUUUCCUUUAUCUUGAAUAUCUUAAAUGCUACAGAAAUUAAUAACUGUAUAGUGGAAAAAUGUUUCUAGUUAGUGUAGAGACAUAAUAAAUGCCUUGAAUGAGUGGAAGGUCUUGUUUAUUUCUCCAGCUAUGAAAUAAUAGAAAAGUGUUUUACUGGGAAAAUUGUAAGUGGGAAAUAAAAAAAGUUUUAGCAGCAUAAAGAGUAUUAGUAUAAAGAAAUGUAUUCAAAAACAGAUCUGAUUGAAUAAUUCAUGAUAUAUAUUGCAUAUUGCUCCAAGGUAGCAAGUAAUAUGGAUUGCUGCUAAUUAAAUGAAAUAAUACUAUCUCUAAAAAGUUAAUUAAAACUCCAUCACACACAUUGAACUGCUCAUACUAUUAGACUUCUAAAUAUUUAAAUUCAUAUACAUCAAGAAAAUAGAUAGUGAGCAUUAACACUGUAUGCAUAAUACAUGUUAUCAAAUUAAAUAAAAUCUUAUAAUAGACACUAUUACUUUUAUAGUAAUAUUUUUGUAUACAUACUACCUGCAAAAAAUAUUAUGUACAAAUUCAAAGAUACAUACAUUAAUAUAAAUUUAAAGACCAAGUUGACUCAAGAUGUUAUGGUACUAAGUACAGCAUAAAUAAACAUUCAGAAACACAUUUUGAAUGGGUUAACUUUUGAUGUAUUACAAACAUCACCAUACAGAAUUUAUGAUAAGUUUUACUUGAUAAACUAUACAAAACAGUAUGUUAAAGAUAUUGUUUAAAACUUAGUUAUGCAAAAUACUUGAGUAAGUGCUCAUAAUAUUAUUAUUAUUAUUAUCUUUCGUGUUUUGAUUAAAACCAGUUGUGUUGAUAAGACUUGUGUUUCUGAUUUAGGAAAACUGAUUUAUAAAACUUUUAUGAUCUAUGAGAGACAGGGAUUUGGUAGCUAGUCUGAACGGUAAAAUAUUGAUUACUUUUGGGACUUAACAUGCUAGCUAAAACAAAAUGUAUUUCUUACAAAAACAUGUAUUCCACUCAAGUCAAUGAACAGGGUAAUUAAAUAAUUAACAAAUAAAAAAUGGUAAGCAAAAUUUUUAUGCUAGCAUUAACUGUAAAAAAAACAGAAUACUUUAAGAGAUUUUAAAGUUACUUUAUUAUGGAAAAAGAAAAUGCAUGGCUAAAAUGAUAAUAUUUUUGACUAGUAUUUUUACUGAUGAAGGAGCUGGAAUUCAAAAACUGCUUAACUCUUUUACACACAUUUGGAAUUCUUCCUAUGUAGUUUCUUAAUAUACCUUUGCCUCCCCCUUUUUGAAUGAUGCCACCUCAGUUUGCAUCUUGACCUUCAGUAAACCUUUGAUAAGUGCCAUGUAUUCGAUAAGAUGGAUGAUUCAGGAACUAUGGAAAAGUCAGGAAGUAGAUAGAAAACUAACCUAAUUGUUUAGAUCAAGGAACAGUGAUAAAGUUGUACAAUUAGGAGAAUAUCAGUGAUGGAAUUCCUCAAUGGCUGUGGUCUUUUAUUGGAAAUUUGCUGAUAAUUAUUUCUGUCAAAAAAUUAAAUACCUUUUUAGGCAACAUUAUUUCCAAAUUCACUGAAGGUACUAGGUUGAUGAGAACAGGUGGUUCUACUGAAAAUUAUUUUUUGUAAAAGAAAAACUUGACUGUUUUAGUAUUUGGCCAGAAUAUGGUAAUGAUUUUUGGUUUUGAGAAAUAUAAAGAGGAUUCAGGUGUGACUGUUGAGAACACCUUAAAAUUUUCAACUCAAUGUUUAGUGGUAAUAAAAAAGAACAAAUAUA